AUGAACGCAAUAAACGCUUCCCUCCGCGCCGCCCUCGCCCGCAAGACCGCCGCCCUCGAAACCCUGGCCCGCGAGGCUGUCGCUCUCGACGCCGCUCGACUUAGAGCCGAGGAAGCCCAACGCCGGGCCGAGAAGAAGACCAAGAAAGCCAUGUUGUUGGUCAAAAGGUCGUCAAGAUCUUGA